UCUUUUGAUAAUUUUUAAUUUGUUGUUACUCUAAGUUAUUCUUAUCGUCUAAUGUUCCAGUUCGAUUGUCUUUUGCCACAAUCAUUUACAAUGCAUCACAUCCAUGAAAUACCUCAUCGAGUUGUCCUCACUGAUUCGGGUUCCAACUACAUGGAUGUAAGCGUUCAAAGAAGAGGCAAUAGUCUCUACUUUAUCGAAUGAUGGUUGGAUCUACUCACCUAUUAUGACCAACCUAAUGGAAUGUGAUUAAAGUUAGAUUUCUUAGGAGGAGCUCGAUUUUUGAUUGAGGAAUAGCAUCUACGGAACUUUAUAGGGCAAGUUCAAGUUCCAUUCCCUCCAUGCUUUUUAUGUUUGCCUGAAAAUCUUCGAAGUGGAGCACAUAAUGAAAUUGAAUUCCCUUAGUUUCAGUUCAGUUUUGCUAAAUUCGUGACAAAUUCAGAUAUGCAGUUUCAACGAUUGGUAAUUGUUACGGUGGGUAACCGGAGAUUGAUGGGCUGGAUGGAGUUGGUUGGCCCAAAUGUGUGAAGGAGGAGGAUUCCGAAAGGAUCUGCAACUCGGGAGGCUCCGUCCGACUUGUUUGUGUGAGGAGAUGGGGGUGGUACCUGCAAAGACACUCCGAUGCCUAAGUCAGCAAGGGUGUAAGCAGGUCUAGAGAGUAUUGGGCUUAGAGAUACCUGAGGGGUGUCAAUGUAUUUAUAGUGGUGAACUAAUAACCACCGUUGGAGUAGUGCCAUAUUUUUAAGGUGUUAACCGUCCCAUUAUCUUAGGGAGGUUAAGAUAUGGCUCGUGGAAGUGGUUAGAGAGAUUCUAGGGGUAGUUACUCAUUUAAAUGAGUGUUUAUCCGCCAGCUAAUCUCGUGCCCAACUUCUUUAGAACAGGUCGUGGUGAGUACCGACUUCAUAGGAUGAAGAUUGGUACUGGUGAGACCCAACCCUUUGGAUUAGGUCCUUUGCUUGAUCCUGGGCCUUUAUUAUUGGGCCAGGGUAUGAACAGUGCCCCUACUCGUGCCCAAUUUUUUCAAGAUUUGGGUUCGAGUAUUCUGCUCGGGGUCGUAGCCGACUUGUUGGAGGACCGACGUGAUUUUCUGAAACCGAUGUGACUUUCCGUGUCCUUUUGGUUCUGACAGUUACGUCUAAUCAAGUGUCGUGUCCGUUAGGGAUGUGCGUAGGUCUUGGUAACGGUGCAUUCUCAUUAAUGACUGCCCCGCUUUUACCAUUAUACCCCUUAGCAUGUUUAUAAAUACUUUCCCUCUCUUUCAUUUUUUCGUUUCUGCAAUUUUUCAAAUUUCUUCUUUCUUCGUUCGUGCUGCGUUCUUGUGUUUGGAGACUUCUGCUUCUUCCAACCUUCACUUUUUGGCUAAAGGUUAGCUUUUCUUCUUUCAUGACAUGCUUUGUGUUUUGCAAGCUUUUAUUUUAUAGGUAGAUAGUUUGGUUUGUAGAUUUUGGUUCCGUAUCUCCUCCCUUUAGAGACCGUGUUUUUUAUUUUCCUUUUCUUUUUCUUUUGUAGGUUUUUGUCACCCUUUAUAAGAAAAAGAAAUGGCUUCCGUAGAUGUUCUUUCUCAAUGGGUUGAUGUCACGGUCCUAGGGGAGGAACCCUUGGUCGAUGCUGAGUUUAUUACUCAUCUUCGUACUCACCACAGGAUUUGUACUUCUGAGGAGGACGAGCCAAAGUAUGAGUUGGUAGUCCCGGGUCCAGAAGACCGGGUUUGUCUUGGGAGGGCCAAUGAGGCGGCCCUUCAUUUUUUCUUUAUGUAUGAAUGUAUGAUCACCCGUCUGGGUGUUUUUCUUCCUUUUUCGCAUUUUGAGAUGUCUGUUUUGCACCACUGUCGAGUUGCCCCUACCCAACUUCACCCCAAUUCUUGGGGUUUUCUGAAAAUUUACCAAUUUAUUAGUCACGCUUUGGACUUUCCGACCUCUUUGAGGAUUUUCUUCUAUCUUUUCCACAUGACUAAGCCCUUUAGUGGGCUAAAUAACAAGCAGCAAUGGGUGUCUUUCCGAGCCAUACAAGGUCGGAGAAUUUUCACCCUUUUUGACGAAUCCUUCCACGACUUCAAAAAUUAUUUUUUCAAAGUGCAAGCUGUAGAGGGUCACCACCCCUUUUUCUUGGAUGAGAAUUUUUCCCCUCGUUUUCCCCUCUAUUGGUUGGAGGCCUCCCCCUGUGAGAAGUACGGUCUGGAUGACCUGGAUGAGGUGGAGGCGGCCAUUGUGGGGUUUUUCCGAGAAGUGUGGGGGAGGGCCCCAUACUUGGAUACCAGGAAAUUCCUCCAGGGAUCGCCGAACUUUGUUCGGUCGCAGCUAGAUAUGGCAAGGAAGAAUGCUCAAGAAUCUUACCAGAGAGUUCAGGAGGCUAAAGCAAAGUCCCGGGCCAGGGCUGGUGGUGCCAGGGCAAUCAUCUCUCCUCCUCCUCCUCCUCCUCCUCCUCCUCAGAACGUGGGGACUCCCUCUCAGCCCAUUGUGAUUUCUUCUUCAGCCUUAUCUCGGCCGCUCCCCUCCGCCCGACUUCUUUCUGAGCCAAAGACGAAGAAGCGCAAGACUUUAGAGUCUGGCUCUUCUUUUGAUGGUGGGGUUAAGGCGGAUGCUCUUGCAUUCGUCCGAAAGAACAUCUAUCCUCAUAUAAGUAUGAAUGAUGUUUCUGUUCAAAACCACCUCACCACUCUGGCUGAGGAGAGUUUUAGGGCGGCAGGUGUUUGUGGCAAGCUUUUGGAUAUUUUUGAGAAGACUUCUCUCAGCUCUUUGGGGUUAACCUCGAAGGUUGAGGAGCUGGAGGGGAGGCUUCUUUCUUAUCAGGAGCAUGAGAGGGAGUUGAAGGAGGAGGUCGCCAAGCUGAGGGCGGAGAGAGAUAGCCUUCGGGAGAAGGAGAGUAAGUUGCGAGCCCAAUGCAACAUGGAGGCGAGUUUGAGGAAGACAGCACAGGAGAGUUAUCAGAGUUUAUUUCAAGAUCUUGUGUCUGUGAAGAAGGAUUUGCUGAACUCUCGAAAUGCGUAUGCCGAGUUGGAGGACUCUGUCGCUGAUGGUGCCGAGGAGGCUUGGAGGAUUUUCAAGGAGCAGGUCGGAGUUAUUGUUCCUGACUUGGAUCUUUCUCCUUUAGAUCCAGACAAGGUCGUCAUUGACGGUGCUAUUGUGGAUCCUCCUGCCCCCGUGAUCGUUUCCGAGUCAGAAUUUAAGACUCGGGGGCAGAGGAUUAUUGAGUCCCCUCCUCGUUCCAAGGACGCUUCGAGUUCUUCUGUUGUUCCUCCGAUUUCCUCUUCAUCUCCCGUGGUUGCCUCUCUUCCUGAUCCUGGUGGCGCUCUUCCUGACUCUGGUGGUGGUGAUCCGUCUACUCCUCUGCAGAAAUAACUUUUUUAUGGCUAUAUGGGGGCUCGGCCUGUGAGUCUCCCCUUUUUUAAACUCUUUGCUUGUUGGUGGUGUUUGGACAAUUUCUUUUGGCCUUUUAAGGCCGUAAACAAAAUAUU